CGCGUGUACAGUAGAUACGAUACAAUGAACGUAUUAAUACUAAGAUGAACCCAAAAUGUUUACAAGAAAACUACACAUGUACCAGAUAGUUAUUAUAGUGAUAGUAAAUAUUGUGAUAGUAAAUGAUGUUUUGUGUAUCGAAUUUAUACAGCUUAGAGACUCAGGGGGAUUUGAAGAAAGCCCUGUAGGGAAGCAGUACGAAUCAAUUUAUCAGAAAGAUGAACCUGAAUUUCUGAUUGAAGAUAAAGUGCCUAUUAUAAGAGAAGGAUUUAAUUAUGAUAGCAAAGAGGAUGACGAUAUAAAAACUUUGCUAGAAGAGAAGUAUAAGUUCAAGAAUGAUGAGAUGUCGACGAGGUAUAGGAUAUCGAAUGAUGUAGGGGGGUAUCCAGACGAUCGGAACAUCGCGUGGGCGUUCCGCUCUUACGCCGUCCGUCGAAUCGUUGGUGGCAUGGAGACAAGCAUCAGCAUGUAUCCCUACAACGUAGCUAUCUCCAGGAAUGGAAAACAUUGGUGUGGGGGCUCCAUCAUCGAUGAGCAGUGGGUGCUGACGGCGGGACAUUGUCUAGAGUCGUACGAGUCUGGCUUCGGCCACAUCCCGGACCGGCUCCGCUUCGUGCCGGUUCCGGUGAUGGUGAUCGACGACUGCCAGAAGUCCUACCGAUUCUACAUCACGCCGCGGAUGAUGUGUGCCGGGUACGCGACGGGAGGGAAGGACGCUUGUAAUCACGACUCAGGAGGACCAGCGGUCCGCGACGGGGUCCUCUUGGGCAUAGUCUCCUUCGGCGGCAAGCAGUGCGGAGACCCGCGGUCUCCUGGCGUGUACAGCCGGGUCUCUGAGGUCACGGACUGGGUGGAAGAGACCAUAACCAAGAACGAGGCUCAGAACGUGCCUGAACUGCAGGCGAAGAUAAAAAAAGCGAGGAUGAGGGAGAGGGAACUGCAGAAAUUCAAAGCCCGUGUAGAAGACAAGAAAAACAAAAUCAAGAGCUGGCUCCGCGACACCCUCAAGUCGCCCACCUUCAUCAAGCUGGCCAAGAAAAAGCUGAAGGAAGCCGGCUACCAGACCAGAAGGUUUCACGUGGUGGAGACCAACGCUAGUGCCCUGGAUGACCAGGCCAUGGAUGAGAUUAACCUGUCGAAUUUGAUACAUGAAAGGAUUAUUGAAGGUGAUGACGGCAACGAAGCAGAAAAGUUAUUGCGCACACUAGCGCUCCAAGAGGUGAUGUUGAACAACAACAGUGAGGAAAUCUUCUACAAAGACAUGGAGAGCGAAAGCAUGGAGACCUUCGUAACUUAUAUCGGCAGGACUGAAUAGUAAAAUUAUUAUAUUAAAUAUAGAAAAAAAGA